AUGGUAUAUUGGUAUGGUCGUGCAACGCUAGAUCAAAUAUUAGAAAAAAUGCGAGUGCGAUUCGAAAGAGUUCUGUAUUGCCCAUUUCGAAUGACAAUUUUUUGGGGAAGACCCAUGUCUUAUUUCAUGUCGAAUCCUGACCUGCAUAGUUGGAAAAAGCACAUAUCUCAGCUUAUCCGAUUAGGUCAGUUCAGUGAAGCGCGAUCACUGUUUGAUAGAAUGUCUGAAAGAAAUACCAUAACAUGGAAUUCAAUGAUAAGUGGAUAUGUUAAGAAUAGAGAGGUUUUAAAAGCGCGUAAGUUGUUUGAUGAAAUGCCUGAAAGAGCAAGAGAUGUUGUGUCAUGGAACUUGAUGAUUUCGGGUUAUGUUUCUUUUCGUGGGGGUGGGAUGAGAUAUGUUGAGGAGGGUAAGAAAUUGUUUGAUCAGAUGCCUAAGAGAGAUUUGGUUUCUUGGAAUACAAUGAUUAGUGGGUAUGCUCGGGUUGGAAGAAUUGAUGAUGCUAUAUGCCUUUUUAAAAGAAUGACUGAGAAGGAUGUUAUCACUUGGAAUGCUAUGGUGACAGGCUUUUUACAUAAUGGUGAUGCUGGUAGAGCUAUUGAGUGGUUUAGGGCAAUGCCGAAUAGGGAUGCCUCUUCAUUUAGUGCACUUAUAUCAGGAUUGAUUCGUAUUGAUGAGUGGGACAAGGCAAAGGAAAUUUUGCUUGAAUGUGGAAAAGAAGUCGGCAAAGAGAGGGGAGAUCUUGUCCCGGCUUAUAAUACUUUGAUUGCAAGAUAUGGGCAAAAGGGAAGAGUUGAUGAAGCACGAAGUCUUUUUGAUCAAUUGUCAUAUUGCCCACAUGGAGGAAUGAGAGAAAAAAUGGGAUUUGAGAGGAAUGUGGUGUCAUGGAAUGCUAUGAUCAUGGCUUAUAUAAAAGCUGGUGAUGUCAUUUCUGCUAGAAAACUUUUUGAUCAAAUGGAAGAACGGGAUACAUUUUCGUGGAAUACAAUGAUUAGUGGUUAUGUUCAAGCUUCAGAUAUGAAGCAAGCAGCACAACUCUUUUCACAAAUGCCAAACCCUGAUAUUAUGUCAUGGAAUAUGAUGGUGUCAGGCUAUGCCCAAAAUGGGAACUUAGAAUCUGCUCUUAAUUUCUUCAGCAGGACUCCACAGAGAAACCUUGUCUCUUGGAAUUCUGUAAUUGCAGGAUGUGAUAAGAAUGGAGACUAUGAAGGAGCAAUCAAGUUGUUCGUACAGAUGCAGGCUGAAGAGGUGAGGCCUGAUAGGCACACUCUAUCAUCAGUUCUUAGUGUCUGUACUGGCCUUGCUGCCCUUGAUUUAGGCAGGCAGAUCCAUCAGCUGAUUACCAAAAUACUUAUUGCAGAUAUGCCAAUCAAUAAUUCACUUAUUACUAUGUACUCUAGGUGUGCGGCAAUAACAGAGGCCAGAAUCAAGUUUAAUGAGAUGGGGAUGCAGAAGGAUGUAAUCUCUUGGAAUGCAAUUAUAGGUGGAUAUGCAUCUCAUGGAUACGCAGUAGCAGCUCUAGAACUUUUUGAGGAAAUGAAGAGGUUAAAAGUGAUUCCCGCCGUUAUUACAUUUGUAUCAGUCUUGAAUGCUUGUGCCCAUGCUGGCUUAUUGAAAGAGGGCCACAAGUAUUUUGUGUCUAUGCUUUUGGAUUAUGGAAUUGAACCCAAGAUCGAACAUUAUGCUGCACUAGUCGACAUCGUGGCUCGUCAUGGCAACCUACAAGAGGCCAUGGAUUUAAUUUAUAGCAUGCCCCACAAGCCUGAUGAAACCAUAUGGGGUGUUCUGCUAGGAGCUUGUAGGAUACAUAACAAUGUAGAGCUGGCUCAAGUUGCUUCAGAGGCUCUAUCAAAGCUUGAACCAGAAAGUUCAGCAUCCUAUGUGUUGCUUCACAACAUGUAUGCUGAUGUGGAACAGUGGGAAGAUGCAAAAAAGGUCAGAAAUACAAUGGAAAUAAACAAUAUUAGAAAAGGACGAGCAUCUAGCUGGCUAAUUAAAAAUUCUCCUUUGUAUGAUUUAUCUUGGGAUACUUUGUUUAAGCAUAGAUCUUCAGAUGGGUUGAUAGCUACUGUAUCAGAAGACGAGUUUUUCUAUAAGCUUACUGGCCUGGAUAGUAAAGAAAGAGAGAGAGAGCGACAAUUUGAGAUUGAUAUUAGACGUGCUAAAGGUUUGGAUGUUAAGAGAAUGCUGGAGGAUGGUAAUUGUUUAUUUAGAGCUGUUGCAGAUCAGGAGCUCAAAGAAGAUCAUUUUUCACAGUUUAUUAUAGAAGGCUUUACAUCCUAUUGUAAGAAGAAGCGCAAAGACAAGGUUUAUGGAAACAAUGCGGAUUUCAAGCCUUAG